AUGCUCUGGUCCUUUCGGGAGCUCACUCACAGCGCAGCCAUUAACGGUGGUGACGGUCUCUUCGGUCGCUGUCUGAGCUCGAGGCAGGGGCAGCAGGGGCAGCAGGUCCGGUACCAGGUCUCUGUCCCGGUCCUGAAGAGGAUGCAGGAAGUCCUCAAGAAGCUAACGCAACAAGGUCUGUCUUGGCAGGACGAUCUCACGCAGUAUAUUUUAUCCAAAGAACUAAAGCGAGUUCCUCACAUCACUCAAGCAGUAAAACCAAAUGUGUCCACCUCCCAGCAUGCAAACCCACAGUCCAAACACCAGCGCUCCCAUCAGCACAAGUUCAGCUCGUUUCCCCCGGGACGAAACUAUGCCGAUUACACGAUCGUGGAACCUCCGGAGGCUUCUCUGAGGAUGCAGCCAGCGUCAGUGGAUCCAUAUUCAUACCACCAGCACAGAUACCAGGACGAGAUGGAGAGGUCUCUGAUUGGCCCGGGCGGUGGUUAUGCCCGCCCCUCGUCACGUGCACAGGCCAAUCGGGAGCGAGAACGCGACAGACAGAUGAUGUGGGAGGCGCUUUCUCUCUACUUGGCAUCUGGGCAACCCUCGUACAGACACAGAGGUGCUGCCCCCAUGAGCCCGGGAGCAGGUCUCCCGUACUAUGAAGACCUGGAGAUGGAGAUCCCUGUGGACUAUGUGGAGGAUUAUACCAUUGCAGAGCGCAUUGGGACCAGCAGAGAACCAGCAGUGCAAAUCAAGAGGCCUCCCCAGGAUUUCAGCUCUGUGCAUGGGAAAGAUGAUGGUCUUCUUCAGAGGAUGUCCGAAGUCUUGCAGCUUUACCGAGUGGAUCCUCGAGAGCUCAGUCAAGAACAACUUUACAAACUGGCACUUACGCUUCAGAUGCUGCAGGCUCGGGAACAAACAGCGAGUCCGUUGGAAAAAGACCUGCUCUCUCUCAAAGAGCAAAUGGUCAGCGUGGCGAGUAAAUCCCAGCGGCCCCUGGCUCCGGCGCCUGCUCCUGCCACCUCCUCUGCUGCAGCCACGGCUCCUGCACAGACCCCUUCUCUCCCCCUCCCGGCCUCUCCUCCUCCCCCCCCACACGCCAGGCCAAACGCUGCACUCUCCCAAGGCCUCGGGAUCAAAGAGGAGUACGGAUACAUCGUCACCAACCAGAGUCCGUUGAGUAUGCAGGACGGAGAGAAGCUGUUGGAGGUGUUGGCCAAUCAAAUCCAUCUGACCACGAGCAGUUUCUUCAACAUCAGUGUGGUCGGUCCAGCUCUGACAUUUCGCAUCAGGCAGAACGAACGCAACAUGACGGCGGCAGAGGUGGCGGCAAAAGCAGUGUCAGAGAAGAGUUUCCUGGAGACCGAGACUGGCCUGAAGAUUGUCCAGACUGGAGUGGGCGAGAGGACAAACGCUCGGGGUCUCCCACAGGUGACCAGGGUUUCUCAGGGCUCGAGUGGGACGGUCAUCACUCUGGUUUCCAUGGCGAUCGUGGGCGGGGUGUUGGUGGUGGCGAUGGGCAUGGCCUGUUUUAGGCACCACGCUCAGCAGGUGGCCAAUGGGAAGCUCGGGCUGGGUCCAGAGGCGGGAGCAGAGACACACUUUGACUAUCAGGAGUUAUGUCGGCAGCACAUGGCCUCUAAGUCGUCCCUGUGCCGUCAGGACUGUGGGGGGGGCAGCAGUGGGACCGUGGCCCCCGCCGGGACAGGGGCCGGGGGCCGCAGAGGCACAGACACCUCCAGAGUCAGCAGCGUCUCCUCCCAGUUCAGCGACGGACCCCAACACAGCCCCUCCUCCACCCACAGCUCCACCCCCUCAUGGAGCGAGGAGCCGGCCCAGUCCAACAUGGACAUCUCCACUGGACACAUGAUACUGGCGUAUAUGGAAGACCACCUGAGGAACAAAGGCCGUCUUCAGAAAGAGUGGGAGGCCCUGUGCUCUUAUCAGGCCGAGCCCAGUUCUGUCGCUGUGGGUCAGCAAGAAAUCAACAAAGACAAAAACAGAUACGCAGCGUCUAUCCCCUACGAUCACACCCGAGUGAAGCUGAAGACUGAGACCAACCCCAACAAACAGGACUACAUCAACGCUAGCAUCAUUUUCGACCACGACCCCAGGCAGCCGUCGUACAUCGCCACGCAGGGCCCUCUCCCCCACACAGUGACGGAUUUCUGGCAGAUGGUUUGGGAGAGCGGCUGCACGGUCAUAGUGAUGAUGACGGCGCUGGUGGAGGAUGGAGACAAACAGUGUGAGCGAUACUGGCCCGACGAAGGAUCCUCACUCUAUCACAUCUACGAGGUGAACUUGGUGUCCGAGCACAUCUGGUGCAAGGACUUCCUGGUGCGGAGCUUCUACCUGAAGAACGUUCAGACGCAGGAGACGCGGACCCUGACGCAGUUCCACCUGCUGAGCUGGCCCGCGGACGGCAUCCCCACCUCCACACGCCCCCUGCUGGACUUCCGCAGGAAAGUUAAUAAAUGCUACAGAGGACGGUCCUGCCCAAUCAUCGUUCACUGCAACGAUGGCGUCGCAAGAAGUGGCACUUACAUCCUGAUCGACAUGGUGCUGAACCGCAUGGCUAAAGGGGUGAAGGAGAUUGACAUCGCAGCUGCUCUUGAGCACAUCAGAGACCAGAGACCCGGACUCGUGCGCACAAAGGACCAGUUUGAGUUUGCGCUGACCGCUGUCGCCGAGGAAGUGAACGCCAUUUUGAAAGCCCUGCCGCAGUGA